AUGGAUUAUCCAAAUCAAACUUUUGUAAAUCGAUUUAUCCUGCUUGGACUUUCAGAUAUACAAUACCUACAGGUUCUUUAUGUCUUAAUAUUCUCAAUUAUAUAUGUAAUCACAGUGUUGGGGAAUACACUGCUUAUUAUUGCAGUACUAAUUAAUGUCCACUUGCAGACCUCCAUGUAUUUUUUCCUUACUAACCUUUCCAUUAUUGAUAUCUGCUGUUCUUCUACCGUUGUGCCUAAAAUGCUUGUAAACACAUUAUCUCUGGAUAAAAGCGUGUCACUUGUGGAAUGUGCCUUGCAGAUGUUUUUAAGUCUGGUUCUUGGAGCAACACAGUGUAUAAUAUUGACUAUAAUGGCCUACGACAGGUUUGUAGCCAUCUGUAAACCACUACACUACAACACAGUCAUGAACAGGAGAGUUUGCAUUUUUCUGGCUGUCUUCUGUUGGACCGUGGGCUUUAUCAAUUCUAGUAUCCAUGUGGUGUUCACCUUCCAGUUGCCUUUUUGCAGGUCUCACCAUAUUGACCAUUACUUUUGUGAGAUUCCUCCUUUCUUGCAGCUGUCUUGCAGAGAUACUUGGUAUAAUGAGGUAUUAGUGUACAUCUCUGCAUGUUUAAUUGUGGUUUGCUCAUUCUUUUUGACUCUUACCUCCUACGUUUAUAUAAUCUCCACCAUUCUCCAGAUCCAUUCAACUAAAGGAAGACAGAAAACAUUCUCCACUUGUGCAUCCCAUCUCACGGUGGUCUGUAUAUACUAUGGCACAAUUAUGGCCAUGUAUUUGGGCCCUCACUCUGCCUAUUCUCCACAAAGAUCCAAGAUUGCAUCCAUUAUUUAUACAUCUGUAACACCAAUGUUGAAUCCCAUCAUAUACAGUGUAAGAAAUUAUGAUAUCAGACAAACCAUAACAAAAAAAUUAAUAAGGAAGUACAAUUAA